AUGACUCUCGCCGAGGAGUUCAGAUCACGGAACUUCAGUAUAUAUGGCCAAUGGACUGGCGUACUAUGCGUGAUACUGUGCUUCGCGCUGGGCAUCGCCAACAUCUUCCACUUGCACUGGGUGAUUCUGUUCAGCGUCCUUUGCCUCAUCUCCUCCUUCAUAAUCCUCUUCAUCGAAGUCCCACUCCUCCUACGCAUCUGCCCGACCUCCGCCGGCUUCGAUGCCUUCAUCCGACGAUUCGAGACGAACUACAUGCGCGCUGCGAUCUACGCUGUCCUGUCGAUCGUACAGUUCCUGUCUAUGGUGACGAGAUUCUACACAUCUUUGAUUGCCGCUGCGGUAUUCCUCAUGAUUGCUGCGAUAUUCUACGCGCUGGCAGGUGUGAAGGGCCAGGCGUUCAUCAAUAGCAAGACGCUUGGUGGGCAGGGAGUCGCGCAGAUGAUUGUUUGA